GUUGUUUAAGCCACCCAGUCUAUGGCAUUUUGUUACGGCAGCCUAAGCUGACUAGUACAGAAUAUCUGACAUCAUCUAUGGACUCUUUUGCUAGAAAACCUGCACAUAAACAUGUUAACAUCACCUUUUGAUAUAAUUUGGGGUGGGCGAUGGACCCACUUGACGCCCAUUUAUGGGCCAUCUGGAACCCAAUGCUGUGCUCCAGGCAGGCUUAACUAAGCAUCAGUCAGGCCCGAAGGACCAGAGAGGGCCCACAGCCUGAGAUAGUGGCCCAGGGUUGGGGAGGACGCCUUCAGGAGACCACUUAACGGUGAUUUAUUCUGGUCAAGGGAAAAGAAAAAGGCCCUGCGAAGGAGAUUCUGGGAGCAGUUCUAGCAGCACAAAGUAAACUUACCCAGGUUCUCUUGACUGCCAGUCAGUCAGGAAGGGGCCUGAGGUCGGGGGUCUGGGAUAUCUUGAUAAGAUGGCUACAUGGUGUGCCUGCUGAGUUAGUUUGGGAGCAUGGAGCAGAGUCCUGGAUCAGCCUCUUCUUUGCCAUGGCGCAAACUCUCUGGAAUCCUUAAAUACUGAGAGUCUCACCCUUAGACGCACUUAAAAGCCAGGACCAGGAGUGACCUGAGGAGAUUCACCCUCUGAGGGGGCAGGGGGACUGCCCUGUGGAGGCACAUGUCCGGUCAAGGUUUGCCGUGUGAGGUAUGGUGACUGCCUCGUUUUCAUUGGAGUUAAGGAUUGCCACAUAUAAAUUGAGGGUGUGUGUGUGUUGGGAGUUAUUAGGAUAAUUAGAAUUUUUUUUCUUGUAGGUUAUUGUCAAGCUAUUUAACAUUGUCUCCCCCCCACGACUGCGCUUGACUGACUUUGCCUUAAUCAAGGUUAUUCUGAGUGAGGACUGGACCUGCUUGCUUUCAGACAAAAGCCAAUCCAUCGAGACGCAGGCCGUGGAGAGAGAAAACUUUAUUUAAGCGAUCACAUGAAAGGAUUAAGAGCCCCUACCUUGAAAAGAAGGUUGGAGUGCAGCUUGAAGGUUUAUUUAUACUGUUCGCCUGUUACUAAAGAGUUGUUGUUAACUAGCCCGAAGUACAGAUUUUGGGAGAAACGAAUUAUAUCAAUUGAAAUUGAAACUCCUACCCAGAUAUCUUUAGUUGAUGAAGCAUCAGGCGAGAAGGAAGAGAUUGUGGUGACUCUCUUACCAGCUGGUCAUUGCCCAGGAUCAGUUAUGUUUUUAUUUCAGGGCAAUAAUGGAACUGUCCUGUACACAGGAGACUUCAGAUUGGCAAAAGGAGAAGCUGCCAGAAUGGAGCUUCUGCACUCUGGGGGCAGAGUGAAGGAUAUCCAAAGUGUAUACUUAGAUACUACUUUCUGCGAUCCAAAAUUUUAUCAAAUUCCUAGUCGGGAGGAGUGUCUGAGUGGAAUAGUAGAGCUAGUUGGAAGCUGGAUCACUCGGAGUCCCUACCACGUCGUGUGGCUGAACUGCAAAGCAGCUUACGGGUAUGAGUAUCUAUUCACCAACCUUAGUGAAGAAUUCGGAGUCCAGAUUCAUGUGGAUAAACUCGACAUGUUUAGAAACAUGCCCGACAUUCUUCAUCAUCUCACAACAGACCGUUGCACCCAGAUCCAUGCAUGUCGGCAUCCGAAGGCAGAGGAAUAUUUUCAGUGGAAUAAAUUACCCUGUGGAAUUACUUCCAAAAAUAGAAUUCCACUCCACACAAUCAGCAUUAAGCCAUCCACUAUGUGGUUUGGAGAAAGAUCCAGAAAAACCAAUGUAAUUGUGAGGACUGGAGAGAGUUCAUACAGAGCUUGUUUUUCUUUUCACUCCUCCUACAGUGAGAUUAAAGAUUUCUUGAGCUACAUCUGUCCUGUGAACGUAUACGCAAAUGUCCUUCCAGUAGGCACAACUAUGGAUAAAGUUAUAGAGAGCUUAAAGCCUUUAUGCCGAUCUUCCCAAAGCACUGAGCCAAAGUAUAAACCACUUGGAAAACUGAAGAGAGCUAGAAAAACCCACCAAGACUCAGAGGUGGAGGAAGAUGAUCUCUUUGAUGAUCCUCUGCCAGUCCCUUUAAGGCACAAGGUUCCAAACCAGCAAACUCUUUACCCUGAGGUAUUUCCAAUGACUGCAGGAUCACAAAACCAACCCGAAAACCUGAGACAAAGCACAGGAUGCUUCAAAGCAGAGAGUAUGCAAACCUCCCUUUGGGCAAACUUUAUAGACUGUGAAGAAUCCAACAGUGAAAGCGAAGAAGAAUUACAAAUCCCAGCUUCAUCUCAAGGAGAUGUGGGUCCAAGCCCACAUCACCAGCAAAGGGCUGAUGUGGAAGUACCACAGUGGGAAGUAUUCUUUCAAAGAAAUGAUGAAAUCACAGAUGAUAGUGUGGAGAACAUCCCUUCCUCCACAGAGGCGGGGGGCUCUCAGUCACCGAAGCUUUUCAGUGACUCCGAUGGGGAAUCCACUCACAUCUCCUCCCAGAAUUCUUCUCAGUCAACACACAUAUCAGAACAAGGAAGUCAAGGCUGGGACAGCCAGUCUGACACUGUUUUGUUAUCGUCCCAAGAGAGAAACAGUGGGGAUGUUACCUCCUUGAACAAAGGUGGCUACAGACCAAGACUCAAAGAGAAUAUUCCUGCCUCUCAGAUGGAACAAAAUGUACUUUGCCUAAAGGAUACUUACUCUGAUUUGAAAAGCAGAGAUCAAGAUGUAAAUAUAGUUCCUAGUGUUGGAGAACCAACUACUCUAAGCAGUGGGAAACACAUACCUCAGGAAACAAGGUUGCUAAAUCCUAGCACCAAUGCAGAUUCACAGAGCUCCUCUGAUUUUGAAAUUCCCUCAACUCCAGAAGCUGAGUUACCUAAACGAGAGCAUUUGCAAUAUUUAUAUGAGAAGCUGGCAACAGGUGAGAGUAUAGUAGUUGAAAAAAGAAAAAGCUCACUCUUAAAUACUUAAGAAUUAAAAAUAUUUCGUUCUGGAGCAACCAUUACAAAACCUAUACAAAGAGGUAAUAGUCAAAAUCAUAACAGAUAAAUUAAAAUGGAAUUCCUAAAAAUGCUCAUAGAAUGUAAAAGGCAGUAAAGGGAAACAAAGGAACAGAAAAUAAAGGGAAAAAAACAGAAAACAAAUAAGAUAUGGUAGAACUAAAUCCAAACAUAGCAAUAAUUACAUCAAAUGAAAAUGGUCUAAACACACAAGGGAAAAAAAAACAUAACCCAACUAUGUGCUCUCUAUAAGAAACUUCAAAUGACAUAGGUAGGUUAAAAGUCAAAGGAUGGAAAAAGAUAUACCGUGUAAACACUACUUAGAGGAAAGUUGAAGUGGCUAUAUUAGUAUCAGACAAGUUUCCUAAUGAUAAAAGGUCAUAAUCCUAAAAGUGUAUGUACCUAACAACAGUGUCAAAAUAUACAAAGCAAAAACAACUGAAAGGAGAGAGACAAACUCAUGCACAAUUAUAGCUGGGGACUUGAACAUUCCUCUCUCAGUAAUAGAAUUAGUAUACAGAAAAUCAGCAACAAUAGAGAAGAACUGAACAGCACCAUCAACCAACUGGAUCUAAUCGACACUUAGUGAACACUCCACCCAACAACAGCAGAAUACAUGCUUUUCAAGUGCACAUGGGACAUUCACCAAGACAGACCAUGUCCUGGGUCAUAAAAACACUGCAAAUUGAAAGAAUAAACUUGGAUCUAUUACUAUAAACUGAUGGCUAUAGGAAAAAAUCAGCCCCUUAUUUAUCUCAAAAGAUGUUACAUCACUUAAGAAUGUUAGUGUGAAAACAGCAGUAAAAUUAAAACUAGAAAAAUUAGGCCCUAAAAGAAAAUAAUUAAAUGGCAAAAGUGUG